UCGGUUUUGUUCACCAAGCAGUUGCCAUCGGCUAUGCAAGUGCAUCGGUCUACUGCGAUCUUAAGCGUUACCUGUGGAGGAUUUAUUCCGCUAUCAGAUGCAUUUCCUGGCCUACGUGGUUAUUACGAUUCAGCUGUUCGUUGGACUGCAGUGCCAGAAGUUGCCUGCCAAGGUGAGAAAAUGCCACUUCGGUGACGGAAAGUGCCUGGUGGAGUCGGCAAAUGCACUGUUGAGAGAUUUCCCAAAAGGCAUUCCCGAGGUCAAUCUGAAACCCUUCAAUGUGCUGCCCGUGCGGAACUGGUUGCUGGUCAACGAUUCCCAGGUGGGCGGUGCCUGGUACUACUUCAACCUGAUCAAUCAGCUGAACUACGGCUUCGAGAAUACCACCAUCACGGAGAUCAGAGGAUUCGACAGGGAUCCCACCGCCACCAAGAUCGAAAUUCACGGAAAGAUUCCCCGGCUGGUUUACAAGGGCGACUAUGUGGCCAAGGGUAGGAUGCUCUGGUUCGUCGAUAUACAUUCUCAGGGAACAUCGGAGUCGGAUUUUCUCAAUUUCCAAUUCAUUCUUACGCUGAAAGUGCGAGUCGAGUACAGGAACAACAAGCGAUAUUUGAAGAUCUACGAGCUAGUUCCUAAUAUAAGGCUGGACCGCUGGAUUAUGUGGCUAGACAACUUCUUUCCCGACAAUGAAGACCUGACCAUAGCAGUUAACAAUCUGUUUAAUCGGAAUUGGGUGGAGUUCUGGAAUGAACUAGAGCCCGGUAUUCUGCGUCUGUUCGAAACCGUCUUUUUAAGUCUAUUUGAGAAUUUAUUCGAAGAAGUACCCUACGAUGAUCUGUUCCUAUCCAAUGAAGACUCAAAGUAAUCUAAGGUUUAGUACUUAAACGUAAUUUCUAGUAAAAAUUAAGUAGGUUCACAAAUUCGCACGAAUCGUGAAUCUUGUGCUAAGCUUACCGUAUUAAGUAAGUUUGAGGGGAAAAAUGUAUAUGAUAUGAAAACUG